AGCUCAGUCAGGCAGUCUUCUCUUCACACCUGUGCGGGAUGGACUCAUUGGUGUUUACAUCAUCAUGCGAUUUUAUCAAAACACAUUGUUGAACGUGAAUGUGAAUGCUAAUUGCUGACAUAGCAAUUAUAGUGAUGUCAGUGGUGUGGUCAAGAAAGCAAUGAGGAGAGUGUGCAGGUGUCGAGUUUCGAGCGGUGGACCUUCAUCGAUCACUUCUUAAAAUGUGCAUUGAAGCAGCACGCUUAAAGUGUGUCCUUUGGCUUCAUGAAAGAUGCCGGCUUGUUCAACAUCUUUGAAGCGACAACUAGAUGGAUUGGAUAUUGGAUGUCAUCAAAAAACUUGCAGACGCUGCAGAAAAUACAGACGCAAAGCGAUCAGUUUUCAACCCUUUCUGUCGCUCGAGAUAAGCUCCUACAGUGUGGCAAGAAACGAAGAAGCUUCCAAUCUGAGCCCGAAGGCCGCCUUACAUACCAAGCAGGUGGUCUCGAUGAAAAAUGAACAACUUCCAGGCAGCAGAAGGUCCAGUUUCCAGAUUGCCUCAUGUAGAUCCACAGGCGCGAUGAGGGUGCUGUGGUGGUUGGCGCCCCUAUUCUUGGGGUCGCUCGCCGGGGCCAUGUGUCCCCCUCGGUGCGAGUGUGACGACGCGGCCCUGGUCGUGUCCUGCGAGGACGCGCAACUGGAGGUGCUGCCCAUCCAGCUGAACCCUGAGGUGGAGACCGUCCGGCUGCGCGGCAACCGCAUCGCAAGCCUCGAGUUUUCCAUGGCCUUCUACACGCGCCUCCGCUCCCUCGACGUCUCUGCCAACGUCUUGCAGAAUCUUGGCCCUGGACUCUUCCAGGAUCAGCGUCGAUUGAUGGAGCUGAACGUGAGCAACAACGCCAUCACCAUGAUUUCUCCCGAAGCCUUCUCUGGGCUCACCGACCUUCGAGCCCUCGACCUGUCCAGCAACCAAAUCACCAGCGCCAGCGAGGGUGGCGUCUGGAAGGGCCUCGAGAGCCUUUGGGAACUCGACCUGUCGCACAACCGGCUGGACGCCCUUUCUGCCGAGGUCCGUCGUAAAUCCUCUAGAUGGGAUGACGACAGCGAUUGUGCCCCAUUGCGAAAUCUGCGCACCCUGAUUCUCGACGGCAACAUCUUUUCCUUCCCGCCGUCCAACUGCUUGGCCCACCUGGACUCGCUGCGCCAACUGGGCCUCGCAGACAACAGACUGACCUUCAUUGGCGAGGAAGCCUUCCCCGCCACGAUGGGCGAGCUGCAGACCCUGAACCUGCAGGGCAACCAGAUUGCCAGCCUCACGCCCAACUGCUUCUCCAAUUUGACCAAGCUGCAGGUGCUGGACCUGUCGGACAACAACAUCACGUUUGUGCCCACAACCUCACUGGCCAGACUGGGCGCCCUGCAGGACCUCGACCUGAGUGGCAACCCCAUUUCCAGAAUUGCACCCCUCGCCUUUCAGGCGUUGUUCGAGCUGAGAAGACUGCGAGUGUCUCGUCUGAGUGAGCUGGAGCACAUUGAUCCGCGCGCCCUUGUGGAGAACGUGCGGCUCGAAGAGGUCCGUCUCGAGCUGUGUCCUCGACUCAAAAGGCUGCCGCCGCGCCUCUUCCACUCCAACCCUUUGCUCACCAGAGUCGCCCUCAGGGGCAACGCGCUGCAGACGAUUUCUGCCGGCGACCUGCCGCUGCGUCAGCUGCGCUUCCUCGCGCUCGCCGACAACCCUCUCAGGUGCAACUGCUCCCUGCUGUGGCUGUGGAAGCUGGCCAGGAGCUCAGCACAGAAACUUGCUUCCAGAAACCCACCCUCGUAUGGCAACCACACGCCAACCUGGGCCGAGACGGCUGGCGGAGCAACCUGCUGGGAGCCUGUGCCCUUGCGGGGGACGCCUGUGUACAAAGCGCCAGAGGAGACUGUCGGCUGCGAAGCCUCUUGGGCAACUGUGCUGAUGGUGACCGGGGUCGUCCUCUCCCUCUUCACACUGACGUGCGCGAUUCUCUUUUACUGCGGCGGUGGCGGACGUUGGUGUAGGGCCGAAACCACUGAUACACCCUCAUCCAGGAUCAACGGAAUCAAAGAACACUAUCCUCAGCCACCUUCGAGCAAUAUGUACCACCAGCACCACCUAUUGCACCACCAUCACAUGGGACUGGGCCCUCCGCAUAUGUGGACAGACCCUGACCAGGUGGUGCCCCCUGAGUACGAGUACGCCACAACCGACGGUGGGCUGAUCUCGGUGAAGAAGCCCUCGACGUCCAACUCGCUCGGCGUUUACGUGUGACAUCCGGCCCGGACCCCGCAUACCACCCUAGUAUAGCUGGGUCCGCCUCCGCCGCCUCCUCUCCGCCCCAUGAACUGUUCCGAGCAAACACCACAUUAAUUGUUUCCUUUUCUAUACGCGCAAUAAUGUUGGCUAGUGAUUAGUCUUCCUGGACUGAUUUGUGAGAGUGGCGCCUUUGAGAAAAUGGUCUCGAGGAAAUAAGAAAAGCCCAAAAUUCUGGGGCUCCGAGCGUCCCAAUAAAAGGGGUUCCCUGUCUCACAACUGAGAGAGUGCGAUUUUUUUACGCAACGAGAUUCCAGAUCGAUUGAGAGGUGACACAAUUUUAAUGUUUUAUAAAAGAAUCGUUUUGGAUAAUGAAGAAUUCAAAAGAUAGCCAAAUUUUUAAGUCGUUAAUUAGCUUAUGAUGUGGAAUCUCAUGCUGAAGAACUCAAAUUUAAAUGUAUCCUACUGACGAAAAAAGACAAAGUAUGUAAAUCACUGACAAGAGAUCAGCAGCAGCUUGUUGGUAGAAUCGGGAAAAGAGCUAAAAUGUGAAAUAUUUUCUCAUCGACUGGUUUAAAAAGUCUCAAGAUAAAAAAAAUAUCAGCUCUUACGGUGCAUGUACAUACAUGUGUACAUAUGUGGAAAAAUUAAUUUAGAAAUAAAUGUAAUAAGUAUAUUAACAAAAUCAAAAGUUCACAUGCUGAUUGAAAAUUGUGUAAAUUUGCGAGUAGAGUGGAUGGAUGUAAGAGCCAAAAUCCAGAUUAAAUGAGGGAUGAGUCUGCAGAAAUUGUGAUGAAGCCAACUUGUAGCUGCUGCAAAUAAACCCUGCCAGUCCGAUAAACAGACAUGAAAUAUUGCGGCUUUUUACAUGAUUAAUAAUGGAACAAUAUCUUGCCAUGCUAUUCAGUUACUGUAAUCAACCCUUUUCUCUAAAGAAAUCAUGCAAAAAUAGUGCAAUAAUAAUUGAGUAUUGCUAAAAAAAAAAAACUUAUGUAAUUGUGUAUAUUUCCAAGCGCAGUUUGGUAGUUUGUCCAUUUUUUGUUGAAUUUACCAAACAUGUUUUCCUGCUAUAUCCAAUAAUUAUUUUUAUCUAUGGUCAGGCAUUAUUCUGUAAAUAUUACCUAUACAAAUUUGUAAGCUUAGAAAUUUUAAUUAAUAAAAAGAAAUAAGAAAAAUAUUAUAGCCUC